AUGGACGAGAAGCGCCGCUUACCGCUGCACCACCGCCCCCGCGCCGCCGACAUGACCGUCCCCGUCGUCCGCCGACGACGCACCCGCCUCUGGCUGCCCGUCCUCGCCCUCGUCCUCAUCUGCUACAGCCUGCUAUCCACCUACAACAUCGACGUCCGCGACCGCCUCGACCAGCUCUCCCGCGAGGCGACCUCGGUCGUCGGCGGCGCCGGCCGACGCAAGGUGCCGCUCGAGGCGCACAUCAUGAGCAAAUGUCCGGAUACCAGGGACGCUAUGCGACAGCUCAUCCUCCCUGCCAUGCAGCAGGUUUAUGACAAGGUCGACUUUAAACUCUCAUAUAUUGGCUCCCUCGACGACGACGACGGCGUCCGCUGCAAGCACGGCCCCUCCGAGUGCCUGGGCAACAUCAUCGAGCUCUGCGCGCGCGAGCUCUACCCGGACCCCAAGAUCAGCCUCGGCUUCGUCAUGUGCCUGACCAAGGACUUCACCCACGUCCCCGAGCGCUCCCUCGUCGAGGACUGCGCCCUCGAGCACGCCAUCGACAUCAAGAAGCUCAACGAGUGCGCCACCCGCGACGACGGCGCCCACGGCAUGCAUCUCUUGCGCAGCAGCGUUCAGCAUUCCGCCGACGUAUGUCUUUUGUCUUGCCUCCCACUAUUCUCACCUCCAGCUCUCUAA